AUGAGCGUUCGAUUCUGUACACAAGGCAAUCUCAUUUUAAUUGUGAUCGAGGAAGAGGAAGAAAUUGUAUUGCCAAAGAAGCAGAAGAGAACUAAAAAGGAUUUGAAAAGACAAAUAAAAGCAGCUGGGAAGAUCCAGGCCUGGUGGCGGGGCACCCUGGUGCGCCGGACGCUGCUGCACGCGGCGCUGCAGGCCUGGGCCAUCCAGCGCUGGUGGAGGCAGACGCUGGGCAGGAUGCUGCACAGGAAGCGGAGGGCGGCCCUGCUGAACUACGUCAUCAGAGAGAGGGCAGCGGUCAAGCUCCAGUCUCUGGUCCGCAUGUGGCGCAUCCACUGGCGGUACUGCCAGGUGCUCAGCGCCAUCUACGUGAUCCAGUACCACUGGAACUGCCACAACUGCCAGACCUGUGAGCUCCUCCGGGGCCACUGUGUCGUCACGGCUACUCACCUGCAGUUCCACAUUGAGAUCACCAACCCUGAGGGCUUGUGUUCCCAGUAA